AUGAUCCAGAACCUUGCUUCUCUGCUGCUGGUGAGCAGCCUCGCCUUGGUGGACGCAUUUUCAUUGCCAGAAGCAGCCUCCUCAUUCUCUUCCUUGCUUGCGUCCUCUUUGAACAACGCUAUUCCCAACACGCUUCUCAUCCGUAAGGACGGUGGCUCUGGCGGAUGUCCAGCCAUCUGGACCAGCAUAUCAUCUGAUCUCACCUCAUCUUUCCUGGGAUCGGAUGGACAAUGCACCGAUCUCGCACGAGCUGCUAUUCGAUUCGCGUUCCACGAUGCUGGCCCAUACUCUUCGAAAACGGUGUUCUACGCUCCUGCUGCAGGUGGUGCUGAUGGUUCCCUUCUUCUCAACUCAGACGAGAUCAACAGACCUGAGAACGGAGGUCUCGCCGACUACCGAACAUGGCUGAUGGGAAAGUACACUCAGUACAACCAGAAAGCCAAGGUCGGCGCAGCAGACUUGAUCCAAUUCGCCGGCUCUCACGCCGUCAUCACAUGUCCCGGUGGCCCCAAGAUCAAGACAGUGGUUGGCAGAACAGACACCUCCACCAUUGCACCUGACGGCUUCCUUCCUGCUGGCUUCGGACCCAACUCCUCUCACGAUAUCUUGUUCCAGCUCUUUGCCGAUAAAGGCUUCAGCGCUAGAGAUCUUGCAGCCCUCAUCGGCGCCCACUCCACCAGCAAAGCCUUCACCCAACAAGCCAAUGGUAUUCCCUCUGGCGGGCAACAAGACUCAACUCCCGGCAAAUGGGAUAUUGACUACUAUGCUCAAGUCAACAGCCCACCUACUGGCACCUACCGCUUCCAAUCUGACAUCAACCUGUCCCAAGCGAACACCACUGUUGGUAAACAAUUCCAGGGCUUUGUCGGCAACCAGGGUAAAUGGACCAGCUCGUUUGCUGACGCCAUGUUCCGCUUGAGUGUUUUGGGUAUUCCGUCGUCGUCGCAGAGCGGGUUUGUUGAUUGCACGAAUGCGUUGCCCAGGGGCACCUCUUCGAAGAGAGAUAUCCGCGCUGCUCCUAUCAAUUAUCGCGCGCGGUGA